UGCUCUCCAAUGAGGCGGAGAAGGAAAUCCUCCUUCACAUGCAGAAAGGGACAGCAAGGCUCCGUCCCAAGGCAUCCGAGACACCCAAUGGCCACUAAGAGGCAGCAGCCUUGCUAACCAAUCGAAGGACCAGCUGUGCUCACCCCUCCAGGAAUUCCAGAUGUCCUUCUUCCGGUGAAAUGGCAGCGCCCAGAGUGGCCAGCGAUGUGGAAGCAGGGCUGGAGUCAGUAUUCCCGCAGGAACUCGGGCUGUUUGCGGAUGUUUUCCCCACUGAGACCCGUUAUCAGUUCUGUGGACAUGAGCUGAGCAUUGCUCAGCACCACGGGAGCCAUCUGGGUGUGGCUGCUCCUGUCUGGGAGGCGGCUCUAGCCCUCUGUGACUAUUUUGAGAAACAGAAGCUGAACUUCUGGGGCCAGAAGGUUUUAGAACUGGGAGCUGGGACUGGCAUAGUGGGCAUCCUUGCUGCCCUCCUUGGAGGAGAUGUGACCAUCACAGAUCUUCCCAUGGCCUUGAAGCAGAUAGAGGAGAACGUCUGCCGAAACUUGCCUGUCGAGUGCCUGACUCGAACCAAAGUUUGUGCUCUGUCAUGGGGUCUGGACCACAUGGAGUUCCCCAGCAAUUAUGACUUCAUCUUGGGUGCAGAUAUUGUCUAUCUCAAGGACACUUACCCCUCGCUGAUCGGGACUCUCCAACACCUGUGUGGGCCUCUGUCUACUAUCUACCUGUCUUCCAAAAUGCGCCAAGAGCACAGCACAGCGUUGUUCUUUGAAACGUUGCUCCCCACACACUUCACCUCCAAGUUGGCCUUUAGGGACGAGAAUGAGAAUAUUAACAUUUACAAAGUGACCAGGAAGAAUAACACCUGACCACUUAGUAUGUCCGUGAACAAUGGAACCACCUUUUUUAAAAAAAAAUUAGGACUGUUAACCCACAAAAAACUGUAGAUGGCUGAACAUCCAUGCACUUUAUCUAGCAUGAGAUGAAAACAUUCCCAAUAGCUUCAUUUGAAGGUUGUAAGUACUGCAAAUCUCUGGGUUCCUUAAGAGGUUUCAGUUUCCAGAAAGGCUCGUAGAUCUGCAUUUUCACCAUGUUCCCAGGCCACAACAGAUGAUUUCCCCCCCAUUCCCACCAUAUUGAUUCUCCAGUCCUCAAAUAGGUUCUCUCGCCAUGCUUUCCGUUUUUUGAGCAGGGUUGAGAAAUUCUACGAUUGUCCCAUUCUCGGUACCUGGGAAUAAUUUUUCAGUGUGGGAUCUGGCUGCCAAGAAUUGUUCAUCUUUAUUCUCCUCUGGAAAUAUCCUCUAAGAGGAAGGUGGAAGACUCCAGGGUUUUUUCUGUGUGGAGAUGAUUCUCUGUGUAGCUCUUGACACUGCUGCAGAUACAGAGGCGUUUGCAGUGGUGAUGGAGCAUCCGUACAGCAUUUAGAAUCAUAGGGUUGGAAGGGACCUCUAGGGUCAUCUAGUCCAACCCCAUGCACAAUGCUGGAAAUUCACAACUCCCCCCUCUGACUGCCCCAGUGACCCUUCCUCCAUGCCCAGAAGAUGGCAAAACAACUCCAGGAUCCCUAUCCAAACUGUGAAAAAUUGCCACCUGACCCAAAGGUGGCGAUUGGCAUUACCCUGGGCAUGUAAGAAAGGCCAUGAGAACUAAGCACUGAUGUAACCCAUUCUGCCCUCCUUCUCAUGAUCUGCCCAGGUUCACAGAAUCAGCAUUGCUGUCAGAUGGCCAUCUAGCCUCUGCUUAAAAACCUCCAAAGAAGGACAGCCCACCACCCAUACUUUGUUCCCAUACUUUCCUUACCUUUAUGAGAGGCCCAUUUUUAAAGAAUAAUAAGUUGCUAAACCAGUUUAGUUUUAUAAUGGUCCAUUGCAGCAAUGUACUAAUUUCCAGCUUUUGCUUUUUAAAAGUCUGUAUUGCUUAUUGUUGUGGAGCUAUAAGAUGAAAGCUGCAGUCUACGUUUCUCCUUAUAACUGUAAUGAAAAAGGCUAGAUAGCCUUUUUUUAAAUGAAAGCUUGGGCAUUAGUACAUGGUUGCAAUAGAUUGGGAGGAGGCGUCUCUAACAUUUUUAGCCUGUUGACACAGGGUGGUGGGCACAACUACAAAACGGCUGCUGCAGGAGGUGAGGCCAACUGCAAAAUGUCAAGGGCUGAGAUUAUGCAUAACUCUAAGAGUAACUCUUCAACAUUUCAGGCAGAAGCUCUGUUUAACCAGACCCCUAUUUAAAUGAACAUAUUGUUUUGGUUGCACAGUAAAGAUUUUUGUGCCAUGGUGGCGGUAGCUUCCAAAGCAAUAUUUUUAAAAAUCUGCACAGCCAAUUAAAAACUCUGCUAGGCAGAAAUUCUCAUCUGUCCAAGCCCACAUUCUAAAAACAUUUCAUAGGCACCAAAGGGUGUUGGCGGGUGCCAUGGUACCCACCCUGGGGACCCCUGCAAUAGAUUGUUAUAGAAAUUUAACAAUUUCUGAAUUCUUUAAAGCCCUCUGCAGUUUGUGAGUGAGGAAAUGGCAGCAUCAGGGAUGAAGCUGGGAAAAUAGUGCCAAUCUGGGUUGUAAUCCCCGCCGCCCCAAGGACUCUUUCCAGUCCAAAUGAUGUCCAAAGGUGUUUUGACCAUGACUUUUCCAAAAAGAUCAUGUGAAACGAGGUUUGGGAAAUAUUCUGGUGUGAGGAAAACCAAAUGGCAUUGUGUGGGGGCCCCCCCAAACAGCAGUGCUGUAAGAAAACCAUAUAUUGCACGUGGAAACCACCCUGAUAGGUAACAUGAAAGAGAAUAGGACCUUAGAAAUCAUCCCCUUUCCUCACAAGGAUUCUAUCUCGUCUUCCAGUGUUUGGAAGCAUGCAUCGUGUUGACCCAGGAAAACAGACUGUAGCACUUGUUCCCAGUUUUUUUUUUAUUGUACAGAGAUGAAAAACCAAAGUUCUCUUUUUAAAGUAAUGCAAGAUUUUUAACAAUAACAAUAAUAAAUGAAUUUACUUUGGAUUGGAA